AUGGCCAAUGUCCAAUAUUCUACGUGGGCGGAAUUGUUCAAAAUUCACGCACGAUCUCAUAGGGUCCUUGACCAUAUCAUCCCCCCUGCCAAGGGUAAGGAAAAGGUUCCUUCAACCGACGAAGAGAAGGAAUUAUGGUCUACUUUGGAUGCCAUAGUCCUCUCGUGGAUCUAUUCCACAAUUUUGAAUGACUUGCUGCAGACCAUUAUUGAGCCCGACUCUACGGCUAUGGAUGCUUGGAAUCGAUUGCGUGAUAUAUUUCAAGACAAUCAAAAUUCUCGUGCCGUUGCCCUUGAACAAGAAUUCUCAACUACGACCAUGGAGGAUUAUCCUAGUGUCUCUGAAUAUUGUCAGCGUAUCAAAUCCCUUGCGGAUCAACUUAAAAAUGUUGGGGCUCCGGUUUCGGAUAGCCGAAUGGUUUUGCGUCUGGUGAGUGGUCUUUCGAAAAAAUACAGUAGUGUGGGUAUGCUUAUCCGUCAAAGCGAUCCCCUUCCUCCGUUUUACAAGGCCCGGUCUAUGCUCACUCUCGAAGAGGCUGGGUUAGCUAAGGAGACGACCCCUGAUUCUGUGUUGUUGGCUUCCUCUACUGAUGAUAGCCCGAAUUUUUCUAACAAUAAUUCGGGUGGGAAAAAUAAGGGGAAGAGCUCCGGCCGCCGGCAGAACUCCGGCAACAGCGGUGGCCGGCGCAACACCGGUGGUUCCAGCGGCAAGGGUGGCCGUCAGCAGACCAGUGGUGGCCGUAAUCCCGGACAGCAACAACAACAGUCAGGCACUCUUCCUUCAUAUUGGCAGCAGCCUGCUGGGCCGUAUCCAUGGGGGUGGAAUGGCUGGCCCAUCCCUCCUUGUCCUUACCCAACACAAGGAUGGGCCAGACCAUCAUCUCAACAGAAUCGGACCAACUUUAUUUUGGGUCCAAGGCCGCAACAACAUUCUCAGCAAGCCUAUUCCGCAGGCACUACUCACGGGCAGCCCCCGUACACUCCAACAGACAUUGAAGCUGCCAUGCACACCAUGACUCUCAAACAACCCGACCCGGCUUGGUACAUGGACACCGGUGCGACAUCUCAUAUGACUUCUUCAUCCGGUAAUUUCUCUUCUUAUUUUAAUUUGAGCAACCAUCCUAGGAAUAGCAUUGUUGUUGGUAGUGGUCAAACUAUCUCGAUUCAUGGCUAUGGUCACACUAAUCUACCAUCUCCAAAUCCACCCCUCUCCCUUAAAAAUGUCCUACAUGCUCCUAAACUCAUUAAGAAUCUCAUCUCUGUUAGAAAGUUUACUUCCGAUAAUUCUGUGUCAGUUGAGUUUGUCCUUUUGGGUUUUCUGUGA